GAAGUCGGCCAGCAGGGGCGCGAGUCUUCCCUCUCAUUGUUUGUGGCUCGCUGUUGCUCUGCACCGCCAGGAGAGAGCGACGGGCCAGAGGAAAAUGGCGGACGGUGUGGAUCACAUCGACAUCUACGCCGACGUAGAGGAGGAAUUUAGGGAGCAGGAAGCUGACUACCCAGUCCACGAGCAGAUCGACCUGUACGAUGAUGUAAUAUCCCCAUCAGCCAACAAUGGAGAUGCUCCGGAAGACCGUGACUACCUGGAUGCAUUGCCUGCACCAGGUGGCUCAGAGGGAGGGAAGAGUGCCCCACCCAACGUUGUGUACACCUACACAGGCAAAAGGAUUGCCCUGUAUAUAGGAAACCUCACAUGGUGGACGACAGAUGAGGACCUGACAGAAGCUAUCCGGUCGAUAGGCAUCUCGGAUGUGCUGGAGAUCAAGUUCUUUGAAAACAGAGCCAACGGCCAAUCAAAAGGGUUUGCACUUGUGUGUGUGGGCUCAGAGGCAUCAUCCAGAAAGUUAAUGGAGCUGCUUUCAAAGAGGGAGCUCCAUGGACAGAAUCCCAUCGUCACGCCAUGCAACAAACAGUCCCUCAGCCAGUUUGAGAUGCAGUCACGCAAAAGUACCCAGUCAGGCCAGAUGUCUGGUGAAGGUAAAGCUGGUCCCCCUGGCGCAGGCCCUCGUGGAGGUUUCCCCAUGGGUCGAGGCAGAGGCAGGUUCCCUGGACCACCUGGCCCCGGAGGAGACCGCUUCCCUGGUCCCGUCGGGCCUGGAGGGCCACCACCACACUUUCCUGGCUCGGGGAUGAGACCAGAUCUGAUUAGGCACCAAGAUGGCCCUCUGAUGGAUAUGAGUUUCAAUCCCUUCCCGCCGGGGGGCAGGAACGGGAGCUGGCGCGGCAGAGGUGGUAUGCAGGGUCCCCCACGCCCCCCUCCAGGUCCACCUGGUCCCCCCGGCCCUCCAGGACCACCACCUCCUGGCCAGGGCCUACCCCCUCCCCUCGCUGGUCCUCCAAAUCGUGGCGACAGGCCUCCUCCCCCUGUGCUCUUCCCUGGUCAGUUCGGCCAACCUCCAAUGGGUCCCCUGCCCCCAGGCCCCCCUCCUCCAGGAUAUGGCCCUCCCCCUGGUCCCCCACCACCUCAACAGGGCCCUCCACCCCCAGGACCCUUCCCUCCUCGUCCUCCAGGCCCCAUUGGGCCCCCGAUGGCUUUGGCCCCACCUCCACACAUGCCAGGCCCCCCACCAGGUGGACCACCUCCUGCACCUCACGUCAAUCCUGCGUUCUUUCCCCCACCCGGCAACAACAGCAUGCCCCCGAACGACAGCCGAGGGCCCCCUGGACCAAACGACCCAUACGGACGCCCGCCACCAUAUGAAAGAGGGGACUAUGGUCCUGGAGGCCGGGAGAUGGAGGCAUCACGGACACCUCUAAGCGAGGCAGAGUUUGAGGAGAUCAUGAACAGGAACAGAGCCAUCUCCUCCAGCGCCAUAUCCAGAGCAGUGUCUGACGCCAGUGCAGCUGACUAUGGCAGCGCUAUUGAGACCUUGGUGACAGCAAUCAGUCUGAUCAAACAGUCCAAAGUGUCAGCAGAUGACCGCUGCAAGGUCCUCAUCAGUUCCCUGCAGGACUGUCUCCACGGCAUUGAGUCAAAGAGCUACGGUUCCGCUUCCAGGCGAGAGCGUUCAAGGGAACGAGACCACAGCCGCUCCAGAGAAAAGAGCCGACGUCACAAGUCUCGCAGUCGCGAUCGACAUGAGGAUUACUACCGAGAACGCAGCCGGGAACGGGAUCGCCACCGUGAGAGGGAUCGAGACAGAGACCGUGAGAGAGAGAGGGAGAGAGAGUACCGACACCGCUAGAGGUCAAGGGAGCUAACGAGGAUCAAGGAUGGAUGGAAGGAAAAGGAGGACGACUUUCACUGCGCCACCACCACUUCCCCAGCCCUGCAUGACCGGACAGGAUUACAACCACCUCUUCCUCCUCCACCCCUCCAUCUCUCCUCUCCGUCUCCACCCAUCCUUCUCUCUGUCUGUUCAUCUUGUCUGCCUGACUAAGAGCAGUGGAUGGAAGACCCUGACCUGUGUAAGGCUAUGUUAUCUAAAUACCAAUACUCAUGGUAACUAAAGAUGAAAGAAAAGAAACUUUCCAAACAGCUCUUUUAUUUUUAUGAUGUUUUAUUUGACAUGAAGAUGACUACAUGUGAUGCUUCUUUUCUUGCAAAGACACAAUAAAUACCACACACAAUCCCAGACUAGAAGACACAAACAUUACAUCCUAUUUGUUUUUUUAUUUUUCCUCGGCUCGCUGUACUGUGUACAUUCAGUUUAGAGAUCAGUUUUUAUAGGGUGCAUAUGUGAUGUUUUCUUCCCCGCCCCUCCCGCUCAUCCACAUUUAUUCUUUUCAUGGUUAGUAUGUUUGUAAAUGUCUCUCUGCUUUUGAUUAAAACUAGAUGGUGUUGUAAUAAAAAAUGUUAACUGAGGUACUCGAUGCAUUUGGUCAAUUCCUCUAUGUGUGUUGCGCAUUUAUAUUAAAUGUAUAUUUUGGACUGCAUACUUUUUUUCACAUUGAAUUUGUCUUCAUUUACAUCCUUGUUUUCUUAGCUGUAUUAGAACCCUGUAAUUUAGCCCCCCUCCCCUUUUUUGUUGUUUUCUGUUAUUUUACUCUUCGAAUGGAUAGAACUUUUACAAGGUAAGACACAUUGGAUGAAUGUACUUGUUUGCAAUGUGCAUUGAUUCAUGGAUGGAAGGCUUUGUAGAUGUUGACCAAGUUGAAGGUCCACCUGUGCAUGCAGCUCGUUUGACCACAAACCAAAAAAAGACACUACUGUUUUCAAAGUGGGUUCUGUUUGUUGUGUGUAAUUGCACUGAAUAGCCGUUAUCAUGAACAGCAUUGUUUCAUUUUGUUAAUGCAAAAAUAUAUUUUUACAUUUUGUUAUCCAGGUUAAAUUUGCUCCUCUUGUAGUUAGUUUACAUGGACCUGAUCAUUCUUCAAAUAUCAAAUCCACUUGUUGCUCUUAUGUUCCACACCUAAUAUGUCUUUGUAUAUUCAGUGUUAAAGGUGUAAUAUGCAGGUUUUUGAAGAAGCAACAUAUAGACUCAAACGAAAAUAAUCCCUCCCAGUAAUCACAAAAUACCCUUUACAAGUGUUGGAGUGUCUGUAUCUGCAGAGACCCUGACUGUCUUUAUUGUGUCAGUAUUUUGCCUUUUGGGUGAAAUGUCUGAGAGUCAUCCUUUGUGUAGCCCCCAGCCAAUAAAAGUGUAAGAUUGGGACUUUAAGAAAUUGUAGCAACCGGGUUAUAUCACUAUCUGUCUCUCUCUGCUCUGGAUUAGACAGAAAGGGCUGUGUGUCUGUUUGACCGAGGGUUGGGCCAAGCUACACAGACAGAUGGAGCAAAGAGGCGAACAGCCGACUUGAUGAAGAGAAAAUCCAAAAACAUUUGGGUGUGUGUGUUUGUGCCUUAGAACCUGACCGCCUUGAAGCAAGCUUUAUAUCUCUCCUCCAGCGAGCAGGGGCAAACAUUAACCAAAAAAUCCUGCAUAGUAUGCCUUUAACACUUUGUCAUGUCACACCAUACGCAACACGAGGAACAAAUUACUAUGCAAUUUGUUAAAUUCGAAAUGUGCCCCAUAA